CAGAGGGAACCUCUCUCCCUCUCUUCCUCCCUCUCUGUACUGGAUAGCUGCGGGACCCAAGCCCCUUGAGAACAAAGCCUUCCCACUGGAGGCCACCGACGCCAGAGGCUCUCCCCUGCCUCCCUCCAUGGAGGACCUGCUGCCCUUGCUGCCCUGGGUGCCCUUGCUGGGGGAGACAGAGGUCUCCUCGGCCCAGGGGUCCCCCAAUCCGGCCAAGCAGCACCAGGGGGAGCACGGUGACGGGGAAGCAAGAGAGAGGGCCUUGGCCCGCUGGGAGCUCCUGCCUCUGCCCACCAUACAGGUAACACCCUCCAGCGGAGGGGAGACACCCCAGUGCACCCCCCCACCCCGGCGCCCUCGCAGGCCACGGAGCCUGGACACGGAGCUCUCAGCUGGGGAGAGCACAGCCCCCCACUCCGCCCGGAGCACCCCCAGCAGCUCCCCUUCCCUUCGGAAGCGGUUGCUGCUGCUGCCCCCGAACCGGUCCCCCCCUGCAGAGCAGGACACCGGAGCCAUGGUGGAGAAGGGGUCAGAGAAGGGCUCGGACAGCUCCUCGGAGAAAGGCGGAGGGGCAAGCAGCCCCGGAACCCAGUCGCUCAGUAGCAGAAACUUCAUCAGAAAUAGCAAGAAAAUGCAGAGCUGGUACAGUAUGUUGAGUCCUACUUACAAACAGCGCAAUGAGGACUUCAGAAAACUCUUCAGCAAACUUCCUGAGGCUGAGCGGCUCAUUGUGGAUUACUCCUGUGCCCUGCAGAGGGACAUCCUUCUCCAAGGCCGCCUCUACCUCUCUGAAAAUUGGAUCUGUUUCUACAGCAAUAUCUUCCGUUGGGAAACCACGAUCUCAAUCCAGCUGAAAGAAGUCACAUGUCUGAAGAAGGAGAAAACAGCCAAACUGAUUCCCAACGCCAUCCAGAUCUGCACCGAGAGCGAGAAACAUUUCUUCACCUCCUUUGGAGCCCGAGACCGCUGUUUCCUGCUCAUCUUCCGCCUUUGGCAGAAUGCCCUGCUGGACAAGACUCUGUCACCCCGGGAGCUGUGGCACCUGGUGCAUCAGUGCUAUGGGUCCGAGCUCGGUCUCACCAGUGAGGAUGAAGACUACGUCUGCCCUCUGCAGCAGCUGAAUGGUUUGGGGGGCCACAAGGAGGUGGGGGAUGUGAUUGCCUUGAGUGACAUGACCCUGCCCCACAGGUCCCCGGACCUCAGCCGCGAGCCCAGCCCCACGGCCUCCCGGAGGACCCAGCUCACGCCGUGCCCCUCCCAGGCCAGCAGCGACGGGGACAACGCGGGGGAGGAGGAUAAAGAAAGGCAGACGGACAGUCAGCCGGACGCCUCCUCCAGUCAGACGGUCACGCCAGUGACCGAGCCCCUGCCCCCCGAGAUGCCCCCCGAGGGUCCGGCCCCCCUGACCCCCUUGGACCUGCUGCCCAGUGAAGAGAUGCUGACGGACACGAGUAACUCCUCCUCCUCGGCCACGGAGGAAGCGGACCUGACCUCUUUCCUCCCGGACCUCUCGGGCCGCCUGCUCAUCAACUGCGUGUUCCACGUGGGGGCCGAGCGCCUGCAGCAGAUGCUGUUCUCCGACUCCCCCUUCCUGCAGGGCUUCCUCCAGCAGCGGAAGUUCACGGAUGUGACCUUCACCCCGUGGAGCGGGGAGAGUAAAUGUCAUCAGAGCCGCGUCCUGUCCUACACCAUCCCCAUCAGCAACCCUCUGGGCCCCAAGAGCGCGGCGGUGGUGGAGACCCAGACGCUGUUCCGCCGGAGCCCUCAGGGUGGGGGCUGCGUGGUGGAUUCCGAGGUCCUCACUCAGGGCAUUCCCUACCAAGACUAUUUCUACACAGCUCAUCGAUACUGCAUCCUGAGCCUGGCCAGGAACAAGACCCGCCUCCGCGUCUCAUCGGAGAUCCGUUACCGGAAGCAGCCCUGGAGUCUGGUGAAGUCCCUCAUUGAGAAGAACUCCUGGAGCGGCAUCGAGGAUUAUUUCCACCACCUGGAGAGAGAGCUCUCCAAAGCAGAGAAACUGUCCCUGGAAGAGGGUGGGAAGGAGGCCCGGGGGCUGCUGUCGGGCCUGAGACGGCGCAAAAGGCCUCUGAGCUGGAGGAACCACGGGGAGGCCCCCGCUCAUGCGGACCCCGACACGUGCCCUCGGGGGGGCCUGCACCCCUCAGGCUCCAUCACUUCCCGACUCUCAGAGCCAGCCCUGGACCCGAGCCCCGGGUCGGGCAUCCCUGGGAUCCUGCUCAUCAUCAGCAUUGUCCUCGUCAUUCUGGUGGCCCUCAACGCCCUCCUCUUCUACCGGCUCUGGUCCCUGGAGCGCACGGCCCACACCUUCGAGGCCUGGCACAGCCUGGCUCUGGGCAAAGACCCCGACUCUCCCCCCAGGAAGUUCCCCCAGACGGCCGCUGAGUGGGCCGAGAUCUUGGCCCUGCAGAAGCAGUUCCACAGCGUGGAGGUGCACAAGUGGCGGCAGAUCCUGCGGGCCUCCGUGGAGCUGCUGGAUGAGAUGAAGUUCUCCCUGGAGAAGCUGCACCAGGGCAUCGAGAUGUCGGAACCCCCCUUUGAGCCUGAGCCCCUUGGAGAGAACGCCUUCUCCUGAGACCCCCUCCUGCCCCCUCCCAACCACCCCCGAGGAAUGGACACACGGACAGCCUCAGUGGCCACUGCUGGACCAGUGCUGGACCCUUUGGAUGCCUGCUUCCUCCCAGCCCCUGCUGCGCCUCCUCCCCCCAUUUUGCACCUGUAACCCCAUUAUCUCCGAUCCCCGCGAGAAACUCCUCCCUAUGAACAGAACGGUCCCCACGCCGCCCCCUUGCCCCCUCGGGGAGAAUGGUCGGACACUUGGACUGCGGAGCUGCGAUGCACUUUAGUACCUGGGGAGGGCGCGCUGGGGGCAGCGGAGGAGUGGAGGCAAGAACUCCAGCCUCCAGCGGCCGCCGCCUCCCCCUCUCCCAGAUGAUACUUGAGUUGAUCCUGGAGCUGGUUGCAAGGGCCCUCUCUGCAGCUCCUUCCCCCCCUUUUCCCUCUGGGUAAUUUAUUUUGAAAGGGUCAAGCUGCCCCUGGAAGGGGGACAGACCCAGGGUGGGGAGUCCUGUGGACAGGGGAAGGCUGACUGUCUAGUGUUCCCCCCAGAGAUGGGGCGUAAUGUAUUAUAUUUAUUUGGGGCAAACGGAGCCCCAAUAAAGGGUCGGAAAUGUU